AUGAAUUACUUACCAGUUAGUCACGACAUCCGAAGAGGAAAUCUUCACGUAAUUACAUUCUCAGUGCUAUUAGUAUGCGUGGGCAGUAAUAUAGCUUGCAAGGAAUAUUAUGGAACUCGUGUUCCACCACCUGUAACUGCCAUUCCAGAAGCUGACAAGUUGAUUAAGAUGUCAAACAUUCGAUCACGAAUUGAGUGCUUCUCUCUUUGUAUGACAUAUUCCGAAUGUGGUAUGACUAUUUACAGCGUUUCCGACAAAGUAUGUAUCCUGCGUAAAAUCAAGCAACUACCAGGUGCCUCAUCAUUCAUUGAUAUUCCUGCAAACAGUAUUUACACCUUGCUACAAGCCCCUGAAUGUCCUACAUCAGCCGGCUACACUUACCACCCAAAAUUUAGAUUGUGUUUUCGAGUAAGUACAAGUAAAACAUCAUGGAAUGACGCUGCAGACGAUUGCAAUAUGGAUCGAGGACAACUUAUCCACGCGGAAAAUAAAGAAAUAAUGGAGUAUAUACAGAAGGAAUUGGAAAAGUGGCCAAACGAAAACUUUUAUUUUGGAUUGUGUAAAGACAUGAAGAAAGACGUCUUUCUAUGGCAGAAUGGAGAAGCACCUACUUAUGAUUUCUGGAUGGUGGGUAGGCCUGACAAUCAUGGUGGCAUUCAGCACUGUGGACUUUUAGACGAGAGAAGUAAUCACAGAUGGAAUGAUGAAGGUUGCAACGAGCAGGGCUGUGAGAGAUAUAUAUGCGAGAUAGUCAUGCAAUAA